AUGCCCUCUCCUGUGAAGGCGUUGGGGCAGGCCAGGCCCUCGGGUGCCAGUAUGGCCCCACAGGCCCGCUGCUGCUCCCCUGCGGCCCUGCAGAGGCGGCUGCCCAUCCUGGCCUGGCUGCCGGACUAUUCCGUGUCAUGGCUGAAGAUGGACGCCAUCGCCGGACUCUCCGUCGGGCUCACGGUCAUCCCGCAGGCGCUGGCCUACGCCGAGGUGGCUGCCCUCCCGCCCCAGUACGGCCUCUACUCUGCCUUCAUGGGAUGCUUCGUGUAUUUCUUCCUGGGCACCUCCCGGGACGUGACCCUGGGCCCGACGGCCAUCAUGUCCCUCCUGGUCUCCUUCUACACUUUCCAUGAGCCUGCCUACGCCGUGCUGCUGGCCUUUCUGUCUGGCUGCAUCCAGUUAGCCAUGGGCUUCCUGCGCUUGGGCUUCUUGCUGGACUUCAUCUCCUGCCCUGUCAUCAAAGGUUUCACGUCUGCUGCCACCAUCACCAUUGGCUUCGGGCAGAUCAAGAACCUCCUGGGACUGCAGGGUAUCCCCAGACAGUUUUUCCUGCAAGUGUAUCACACCUUCCGCAACAUCGGAGAGACCAGGUACCUCAUGGCCGUGUGGUCCUGUCCGUGUAGGGAAGCCCUUCCUCCGUAUUCACCCCAGUCACCCAGAGGAGCCGGGUUCACCAAUGGUUCUCGCUCUGUCCUAGCUCGCAACGCGCUGGUGGUCUCCUUUGCCGCCCUGGUCGCGUACUCCUUCGAGGUGACUGGAUACCAGCCUUUUGUUCUAACCGGACAGACGGCCGAGGGGCUCCCUCCCGUCCGCCUUCCGCCCUUCUCGGUGACCACGGCCAACGGAACAGUUUCCUUCACCGAGAUGGUACAGGACAUGGGGGCUGGGCUGGCCGUGGUGCCCCUGAUGGGUCUCCUGGAGAGCAUCGCGGUGGCCAAGUCCUUUGCGUCUCAGAAUAAUUACCACGUUGACGCCAACCAGGAGCUGCUGGCCAUCGGCCUGACCAACGUGCUGGGCUCCCUCGUCUCCUCCUACCCGGUCACAGGCAGCUUUGGGCGGACGGCUGUGAACGCUCAGUCGGGGGUGUGCACCCCAGCAGGGGGCCUGGUGACAGGAGUGCUGGUGCUGCUGUCGCUGGACUACCUGACCUCGCUGUUCUACUAUAUCCCCAAGUCCGCCCUGGCCGCCAUCAUCAUCAUGGCCGUGGCUCCGCUGUUUGACGCCGGGAUCUUCGGGACGCUCUGGCGCGUGAAGAGGCUGGACCUGCUGCCCCUCUGCGUGACAUUCCUGCUCUGCUUCUGGGAGGUCCAGUACGGCAUCCUGGCCGGGACCCUGGUGUCCGCUCUGAUCCUCCUGCACUCUGUGGCCAGACCCAAGAUGCAGGUGUCAGAGGGGCCGGUGCUGGUCCUGCAGCCGGCCAGCGGUCUGCACUUCCCGGCCAUCGAGUCCCUCCGGGAGGCGAUACUGAGUCGGACUCUGGAAGCGUCCCCCCCGCGCUGCAUGGUGCUGGACUGUACCCACGUCUGCAGCAUUGACUACACCGUGGUGCUGGGGCUCGGGGACCUCCUGGGAGACUUCCACAGGCACGGCGUCACCCUCGCCUUCGUCGGCCUGCAGGUUCCCAUUGUCCGUGCCCUGCUGUCCGCUGGCCUGAAGGGUAUACAAUACUUCUCCACGCUGGAAGAGGCAGAGAAAUACUUGAGUCAGGAACCGGGGACCCAGCCCUACAACAUCAGCGAGGAUUCUGUUCCGGAACACAAGGUCGCCCUGUUGAAGGCCUGA